UAUGGCUAUGGCAUUCCGCACUUUGUUGAGGAGCUCAGCAACGAGAUUACAAGCCCGUACUUUUGCUGCAGAAGCACCUAAAGAAGGUGAAAUGGCUCUAACAUUUGCUGCUGGCAAUAAAGUUUUUUAUAAUAAACAAGUAGUGAAGCAGAUUGAUGUGCCAUCAUUCAGUGGAGCUUUUGGUAUUCUGCCUAAACAUGUGCCCACAUUAGCUGUCCUGCGCCCUGGAGUUGUCACAGUUUUGGAAAAUGAUGGCAAAACAAAUAAGAUUUUUGUUUCCUCUGGCACUAUUACUGUCAAUGAUGACUCCUCAGUUCAGGUUUUGGCAGAAGAAGCGCACCCUCUUGAAAAUCUUGACAGAGGCGCAGCACAAGAAGCACUCAGCAAAGCCCAGUCCGAGAUGAAUUCCGCUGCUAACGAAAAGGCUAAGGCCGAGGCUGCGAUCGCGUUGGAAGUGGCCGAAGAGAUAGUGAAGGCGGCGUCUACGUGAAUACAUCGAGCGCUCACAACUGUUAGUGUUCAACCUUAAUUAUCUAAUUACUCCAUUAUGUAUAAAUAAAGCACUCAAGUUUCGGUAGAUC